CAGAAGAAGAAGGUCUCGAACGUGUUCCGGAAGUGAAGUGAAGUAAAGUGGACGCGUAACGCAUGUGGUCCAAUUGAACUGUGAAUACAACAGCCCUUUCAUUCUUUUGAGGCCACUUUUGGAUCCUGACAAGACACAGGGACACAUUUGCUACUGAGAAGACGUUCAUCAUUUCAAGCUGGCUUAGAACGCGAACAUUUCAUAAUGUCACAGGCCACUAAACGCAAGCACGUCGUCAAGGAGAUUCUUGGAGACGUUUUCGUGCCGACGGAGAAGCAGCAGAUUGUGAAGGUGACUGGUAGUCGUGGUAACAACCUCCAUGAAACUGUCACAGCUCAGGGCGAGAUGUUCCUGGUGAGCAUGCCCACAAAGUUCCGCAAGAAUAUUUGGAUCAAGAGAGGUGACUAUGUGAUCGUGGAUCCAAUUGAGGAGGGAGAGAAGGUGAAGGCAGAAAUCAGCUCCAUUCUUUACAAAGAUCACAUUGUGUACCUGCAAAAACAGAAUCUCUGGCCCCAAGGCUUUGUGAUUGAAAACAAGGCAAACCAACAGCCAGACCAGGAAAACAACACUGAGGAGAAACACCAAGAGGAGGACAGCGCUGGCGACGCCGAAGACGAGGACGAUUUGUUUGUGAACACCAACCGCUCCACCUACCAGUACAGUGAGAGUGACGAUGAAGAGGACAGCGACGCUCAGGACACAGAGUGAUAGUGGGAACACUGAGGCUGCCGACUCGUAUUGUGACAAUUCUCAGGCAUUAUAGUUCUUUUUUCCCGCUGAUCCUACAGCUUCCUCGUUCCUUCCAGGCUUCACAUCACAGCCGCAUGGACGCUUUGAUGGCUGGCCUCAUUCUUGCACGUAAUUAAUUGUUCGGUGCACGGGCACCCACAUUUGAAUCUCAAGAAACAUGUUUUUUUUUUUUUUUACAUUUCACUGAAAUUGAUGACAAACAUUUCCACACGGUUUUCCAUCCAUUUUCUGUACCGCUUCUCCUCACAAGGGUCGCCGGCGUGCUGGAGCCUAUCCCAGCUAUCUUCGGGUGAGAGGCAGGGUGCACCCUGAACUGGUCGCCAGCCAAUCGCAGGGCACAUAUAGCCAAACAACCAUUCGUUUAUUUUGUGCUUAUAAACUUUAUGUCUGGAUCCUAAAUUGUAUCACGUUUAUCAUUUUAUGAAAGAGAAUUAUGUAAGUUACAAUUUCAUAGCUUGCAGCUCCUUUAGUCCAACCCCAAUUCCAAUGAAGGUGGGACAUUGUGUUAAAUAUAAAUAUAAGUAGAACAUGAUUUGCAAAUCAUUGUAUUGUUUUUAUUUAAUUGAAUACAAUAAAAAGACAAGAUAUUUCAUGUUCAAACUGAUAAA